CGGACGAGAUUAAAAUCCCAAAAGAAAGGGGAAAAAGGUUUUGCCGAAGAGAGAUCAAACAAAGAUUCGAAGUUCCGAUGAAUUUCGGAGGAGGAAUCGUUGCUGAAGCAGCUACAGCAGCAGAUCCUUCAAGCGGAGGUGGUAAUGUUGAAUGGCACGUCCGAUCACCGAACCCUAAAAACCCAGUUGGCGUCUUCGACGUUUCUAUUGGUGGUGUCCCCGCCGAUCGUAUCAAGAUGGAGCUCUUCGCCGACAUUGCUCCCAAAACGGCUGAAAACGUCAGACAGUUCUGUACUGGUGAACACAGAAAAGCCGGAAAGCCUCAUCCCUUUGGUGACCGUUUGUUAGCUAAUCUCGAUCUUGAUUCCUUGGAGAACCCUCCUCAGAGAAUCCUCGGAGGAUCCUCAUCCACAGCUCAUACCUAUCGGUUAAACUCCAAGGGUUUGGUGAGUGAAGAGCUUAUUAAGGAUGAUACGAUGCUGGUCGUUGGUUUAGGUUUGUCCCUCUGUGACUCGCACGAUAACACGAUACUGGAGAUUAAUAAAGCUCUGAGAAACCAAAAGCUGGCACACCCAGAAGCUGCAGAACUGGCUGCCAUCAUUCACGGUUUGAAAAGGGCCUUGGAACUUGGUGUUCAAAGUAUCCAAUUCUUCUGUGACGACUCCAAGAUCUUGGCCUACGUUACUGGUAAAGCUGCACCGAAGGAGUCCAUUGUAGCAAAACUUUUGGAGCAAGUGUCUCUUCUUCAGACAAGAUUCACUUCUUGUCAGGCACUUGCUCUAAGCGGAGAUAUUAUUUCUGUCAUUAAGCUAGCAAAAGAUGCUAUAGCUUCCCAAACUAGAUGGUGUGAAGGCGACACCGAGUAUGAGAGUUGUCCAGUCUGCUACGCUUACGUUUCUCCUAAUGAUAAGUUUGAGGUGAGCGGCUGCUUCCACCGCAUCUGCGUUACGUGCAUGAGGAAGCCGUUCUCAUCCGAACAACUACUACGAGGGAACACAGCAAUCUGCCCUUACCCGGAUUGCGAGAAUGAUCUUGUGCCAGAGGAUUGUAGAGGUUUUGCUGAUGCUGAUGCUAUUACUCUUAUGAUCCAGCGCAAGAAGGAGAAGGCGAUCCCCGUUAAAGACAGAGUCUAUUGUCCCAACCCUUCUUGUUCCUUUUUGAUGUCGGACCUCGACCUCAUUAGGCACGUACGCAAUAAUCCUCGGCAGUCAGAAGCACGGAAGUGCAUGGAGUGCGGCUUGUCUUUCUGCAAAAAAUGCCAUGUUCCAUGGCACUACAAGAAGACCUGCGAUGAGUUCAAGAAGUCGGAGUCUUACCUGAAAUCUGACGCGGCGCUUUUGGAGUCUUUUGUGAAGUCACAGGGAUGGAAAAAGUGUUCCCAGUGUCAGAGCAUCGUUCAACAUGGUGGCGGGUGCAAACAAAUGACUUGCAGACACUGCAAACACGAGUUUUGUUACACAUGUGGUGCUGCGUGUAAAAAGAAGAAACUGACUUGUAAAUGCUCGCGUUCAGGGAAAUAAAGAUCCAAGUGUGAAUGCUGGAAAGACUCACUCGGAAGAAGCUCACCGAUCUAGCCCUCUUUCUGUUCUGGAGCAUAUGCAGACUCAAACAAGAACAAGAACUCUGGAAAAUACUUUUGUUUGGAUUUUAUUUAAUGGAUAUACACUAAUGAGUUUAUGUAAUGAAGCAAUUUCGUUAAUGUGCUUUAAGAGUUUAUGUAAUGGAGCAAUUUCGUUAAUGUGCUUUAAGUUUGAAUUGAA